CAGGAUUCCAAUCCAUGACGACAUCCCCCACACAGCAAGUAUCCACGGCUAUGGUCUCACCAAGUACGGAGACUGCGUCAAACUAUCCAGUGGUCUCGACGAGUAAGUUCAUGAGUCCUACUGCAGUAAAUACUGCUACUACAGGUCCCAGUACACCGUCACCUGUCACAACAGAAUCUGCAAGCUCUGGCACUGAGCUCCAGGUCCGUCUUGCUGGCGGCCCCACCCCGCUUGCAGGCCGAGUGGAGGUGCGGGACGGGACCGGUCCUUGGGGUUCCGUCUGUGAUGACCGGUGGGACCUGCAGGACGCGCAUGUCGUCUGCAGGCAGCUCGGCUUCGGGACGGCUCUGGGGGUGAAACUGGCGGGCCAUUUUGGGGAGAGUUCUGGGAGCGUCUGGCUGGACGAGGUGGCCUGUGGGGGGAACGAGACGAACCUGGGAGACUGUCCUGCUGAGCCCUGGGGACAGAAUGACUGUUCACACAAGGAGGACGCAGGAGUCGUCUGUGAAGGAGGAGGGUCCCUGCGGCUCGUCGGCGGCCUGGCGCCUUGGGAAGGGCGGCUGGAGGUCCGUCCGUGGCAGGCGGCAGAGUGGGGAACCGUGUGCAGCGCCGGCUGGACGGAGGCCGAGACUGAGUUCGCCUGCAGACGGCUGGGUUAUACCGGGGGAGCUAACGCCAGCCUGGCAGCCUUUGGGGAAGGGACAGGCCGGAUCUGGCUUGGUGACGUCACAUGUGGUGGAGACGAGGCAAGCCUCACAUCCUGUGGCUUCACCUGGGAGCCUUCCGACUGUGAUCAUCGCCAGGAUGUAGCACUUGUCUGUACAGGUGGCUUGUCUGUCCGGCUUACCGGAAGCCGUAGCCCGUUACAAGGCCGCGUGGAAGUCCGGCCCGGUUAUCUGGACUGGGGGACGGUCUGUGACGGGUUUGACGACUUGGACGCUCAGGUGGUCUGUAGACAGCUCGGGCAUCGUGCGGGAGUCGCCACGGUGGGAGGAGACUUCGGCGAAGGGACGGGAGACAUCUGGUUAAAGAGUGUCGACUGCAUCGGGGUAGAAUCCUCCAUAGGUGACUGUCAGGUCCUAAGUGGGAGUAGUGACGACUGCAGUCACAGCCAAGACGCCGGCGUCAUCUGCACAGGCGACGUGUCCGCCCGACUUAUUGGAGGCCAAACUCUAUCAGAAGGUCGUUUGGAAGUCCGGCCCGGAAACGGUGACUGGGGGACGGUCUGUGAUGACGGGUUUGACGACAGGGACGCUCAGGUGGUCUGUAGACAGCUCGGGUAUCGUGGGGGAGUCGCCACGGUGGGAGGAGUUUAUCCAGAAGGUACGGGAGACAUCUGGCUGGAAGAUCUCUACUGCGAUGGAAACGAGUCUUCUGUGGCGGACUGUGGAAUCACCAAGUGGGGAGACCAUGACUGUAGCCACAAGGAAGACGCGGGAGUCAUCUGCACAGCGUCAAACUGCGUGAAUCUCUAUGCGGCAGGACAGACUACAAGCGGAGUCUACAACAUUAGAAUCAACUCCUCUGACGUAGAUGCCUACUGUGACAUGGAUACCGCAGGAGGCGGAUGGACUGUUAUACAGCGACGAGUGGACGGGUCGGUUCCCUUCAACCGGAACUGGGAGGAGUACAAGCAUGGGUUUGGGAACAAGAGUGGGGAAUACUGGCUUGGGAACGAGAACAUCCACCUCCUGACCAAUCAGACUGCCUACACCCUCAGGGUGGACAUGCAGAGUUGGGACGGACAAACCCGGUACGCAGAAUACUCCAGCUUCAGGGUGUCCGGUGAGUCGGACCAGUACCGGCUGCACAUUUCCGGGUAUUCAGGCACCGCGGGAGAUGACAUGAGUUUAAACAACGGGCAGAUGUUCUCCACUGUGGACCGGGAUAAUGCUAACUGGGACAGGCACUGCUCUCAGGAGUACGGACAGGCCGGCUGGUGGUUUGGGGGCUGCAGCUACGCCUUCCUCAACGGUCGCUACCUGGGCGACUGUGGGUACUACCGCUGUUCAUACAAGCAAGGUGUGGUGUGGGACCACUGGAGAGGCGGGCAUUACUCCCUGAAGUCUGUGUCUAUGAAGAUCAGGCCAUAACCGACCUGCGUACGCCGGUAUGGCACUACCCGUGCUAUGUGAUG